CCCGCCCCCCGCGCUGGCCCCGCCCCGUUCCCGCCGUGCCCCGCGCUCCAAGAUGGCGGCGCCGUGGCCGCUGCUGGCGCUGCUGGCGGCGGGGGCGGCGCUGGGCCGGGCCGGGGGGCUCUGCCGGGGGGGAACCGGCACCGGCACCGGAGCCAGGGCCGGUGACACCGAGAGCUGCCGGGUGAGCCUGAGCCUGGAGCACUCCUUCGAGCUGGAUGACACGCCGCGGUUCCGCCGCCGGGGCUCUCUGUCCCUGAGCUGGGGCCCCGAGCCCGCGCUGGCGCUGAGCCAGAAACCGCUGGGGGAGGAGGAGAGAGCGCGGCUCAGGGAGGUGGCAGCACGGGACGGGCUGUACCGGGUGCGGGUCCCCCGCAGGCCCCUGGGCCCUGGUGAGGAGGGGGACACCGAGUUUGUCACCUCCUUCGUGAGGGCGUGUGCCCUGCUGGAGUCCCACCUGUCGGACCAGCUGUCCCUGCACCUGGACGUGGCCGGGCACGUGGUGGCCCUGGGCGUGGUGGCAGCGCCGGGCACCUGCCGGGGCACCUGGGUGGAGGACGGGCACCUGGAGCUCUUCAACACCUCGGUGGCACUGAGACAGCCCCUGCCCGCCGCCACCCCCGAGACCGCCGCCUUCAUCCGGCACCUGGAGCAGGAGCAGGCCCAGCGCGCCCGGAACCCCCAGGAGCAGAAAUCCUUCUUUGCCAAAUACUGGAUGUACAUCAUCCCCAUCGUGCUCUUCCUCAUGAUGUCCGGAGCCCCCGACGCCGGGGGGGCGCAGGGGGGGGGCGCGGGGGGCGGGGGGGGGGGCGGGGGGUCAGGUGAGACCCCCCCCAAAUCACCCCCCGACCCCCCAGGACGGGGCAUGGGCAAUAAAACCGUGUGAGACCCCA